CUAGCCGGAAUGCGAUAUUUAUAUAAAUAUACGGUCACUAUAAAUUCCCGGUCCGAAGUAAAUUUGUAUUUUAUUUCAUUUGCCUGUUUUAAAAGCCAACCCGGGACCUAAACUUGAUCCAUUCAGUAUGCCUACCAUUGGAGUUAAACGGGAUCUGCUGUUCGAGGCCCUCGGCAAGACAUAUACCGAUGACGAAUUCCAGGAGCUGUGUUUUGCAUUCGGGUUGGAGCUAGAUGAAGUGACCACGGAGAAGCAGAUGUUGACCAAGGAACAGGGCGAUGUGGCAGCGGCGGCGAAUGCCAGCGAAGAGAUAAUCUACAGAAUAGAUAUACCCGCCAACCGAUACGAUCUGCUUUGCCUGGAAGGUCUGGUUACGGGUCUAUUGGUGUUCCAGGGCAAACUAAAACCUCCCAAGUUUCAGUUUGUGGAGCCAGUCAAGAGACAAGUGCUGAAGAUUGACCCUUCGACGGUGCAGAUCCGUCCGUAUGCUGUAGCCGCUGUGCUCCGCAACGUAACUUUUACGCAAGCUUCCUACAAUAGCUUUAUCGAUCUCCAGGACAAGCUACACCAAAACAUUUGCCGCAAGCGCACCCUGGUGGCUAUUGGAACGCACGAUCUGGACACUUUGCAAGGUCCUUUCAGCUACGAAGCUCUAACGCCGGAACAGAUUAAAUUCAAGCCUCUUAACCAAACCAAGGAGAUGACUGGGGCCGAGCUAAUGAACUUCUACGCCACUCAUGCCCAGCUAAAGCAAUAUUUGCCCAUCAUUCGGGACUCUCCGGUUUAUCCCGUAAUCUACGAUGCCAACCGUGUUGUCCUGUCGCUGCCGCCCAUUAUUAACGGCGAUCAUUCCAAGAUCUCGCUGAAGACCAAAAACGUGUUCAUUGAGUGCACGGCAACUGAUCGAACAAAGGCUAAGGUGGUGCUGGACACCAUUGUCUGCCUCUUCUCCGAGCACUGCGCUCAGAAGUUUACCGUUGAGCCGUGCGAUGUGGUGCAGCCUGAUGGCAACGUGCUCUCCUAUCCGGAGUUGGAGGUGCGUGAGGAGCGGAUCUCGGUGAAGCGUGCCAAUGCCUACAUUGGUAUCGAUGAGCCAGCGGAAAAGUUGGCCGAUAUGCUGACGCGUAUGUAUCUGGAGGCCAAGGUGGAUGGCGAUUCGCUUGUAGUGAAGAUUCCUCCUACGAGGCACGAUGUGAUCCACGCCUGUGACAUCUACGAGGAUGUAGCUAUUGCCUAUGGCUAUAAUAACAUUAAAAAAUCCUUGCCGGCUUUCAUGCAGAUAGCCAAGCAAUUCCCACUCAACAAGCUGACCGAACAACUGCGUGAACAGGUGGCCCAGGCGGGAUUCACCGAGGCGCUAACCUUUACUCUCUGCUCUCGGGAUGAUAUUGGUCGCAAGUUGAACAAGAACAUUGAAGACCUGCCGGCUGUGCAUAUCGGCAAUCCCAAGACGUUGGAAUUCCAGGUGGUACGAACGACAUUGUUGCCGGGUCUCCUCAAGACUCUGGUGGCCAAUCGUAAGAUGCCCCUGCCACUGAAACUCUUCGAAAUCAGCGACGUCGUGGUGGCGGAUAAGAACACGGAAGUUGGAGCCCGUAAUGAACGAAGGGUGUGUGCCGUUAACUGCAACAAGACUGCUGGUUUUGAGGUGGUUCAUGGUCUCCUAGAUCGCGUGAUGCAACUGCUCUCUGUGCCCUGGAAGACGGCCAACAUGACCAAAGGAUAUUACCUCCAAGCAGCUGAGGAUCCCAGUUAUUUCCCUGGUCGCUGCGCUAAUGUCAUGUACGACAACGUGGUCAUUGGAAAGAUUGGUGUCCUGCAUCCAACAGUGCUGCAAGCCUUCGAACUUACCACGCCCUGCUCAGUGGUUGAGUUCACCAUUGAGCCUUUCGUCUAACAGAUUUAAACAAUCAAUAAAAUGUUUAACAUUUUCUAAAGGUUCACAAAUAAAUUAUCACAAAUAAUUUUAAUAAAAA